ACGUCGUUGCUGAGUAUUUUUACACACCGUGGUAGCAUAUAUGUAGCUGCUUAUAAAAGGCAGAGAGACGUAUAUACGAGUGCAUGGUGGUGAGGCUCAGGCUACUUAUCGCAGCACUAGUACUAUAGAGGGAAGGAAGGUUAGUUUUGGAGAUCGAGAGAUGGCGGCACAAGCAGGCGGCUCGAGAGGCAGCAGCAGACUGGAGAUCUUCGCCGCCGCCCGCGGCGGGAGCACCGGCAGCGGCGUCAGCGCCGGCGACGCGGAGGCGCCGCCGCUGGACGUGCUGCGGCAGGACUCGCUCUACCGCGACGCCACGAGGCCGGCGCACGGCCACCAUGGACAGGAGAGCUGGAUGAGGACGCUACGGCUGGGGUUCCAGUGCGUGGGGAUCCUCCACGCCGACCUCGGCACGUCGCCGUUGUACGUCUACCAGAACACCUUCAAGUACGGCAUCAAGCACCCGGACGACAUCCUCGGCGUCCUCUCCCUCAUCAUCUACAGCUUCCUGCUCUUCACCAUGGUCAAGAUCGUCUUCAUCGCCCUGCGCGCCAACGACGAUGGCGACGGUGGGACAUUUGCUCUCUACUCGUUGAUCUCGCGGUACGCGAAGGUGUGCCUGAUCCCGAACCAGCAGGCCGAGGAUGAGCUUGUGACAGGGUACAACGACCACGCCAAGCCGUCGGCGACGCUGAGGAGAGCACAGUGGAUGAAGAGCCUGCUUGAGAAGAAGGCUGCCAAGAUUGCCAUCUUCUUCCUCACCAUCUUCGCCACGGCGCUGGCCCUCAGCGACUGUGUGCUAAAUCCUUCAAUCUCAGUACUGUCGGCGGUCAACGGCUUGAAACUCAGAGCACAUCAUCUGACAACAGGUGAAGUGGUCUGGAUCACGGUGGGGAUCCUGGUGGUGUUCUUCGCGGUGCAGAGCUUUGGCACUGACAAGAUUGGCUACACAUUUGCCCCAGUUGUUGUGGUCUGGCUGUUGCUCAUCUCAGGUAUUGGCAUCUAUGACACGGUCAAGUACGAUGUGGGCGUCUUGAGGGCGUUCAACCCCAAGUAUAUCAUCGACUAUUUCCGACGAAACAAGAAGGAAGGAUGGGUCCAGCUCGGCGAAAUUCUACUUACAUUCACAGGCACAGAAGCUCUCUUUGCUGACUUAGGAUACUUCAGCAUCAAAUCAAUUCAGUUGAGCUCUACCUUUGUCUUGCUCCCAUCAGUGUUGUGCACUUAUGUUGGGCAGGCAGCAUACCUGAGGAAACACAUGGAGAAGGAGUUCAUACAAAACGCUUUCUUCAAUUCCGUUCCAAGGCCUCUGUUCUGGCCAAUAUUCGUUCUGGCAAUCUUGACUUCAGUCAUCGGUUGCCAGGCCAUGGUGUCGUGUGCCUUUGCAACCAUGUCACACCUGCAGACGCUAAGCUGUUUCCCGAGGAUUAAGAUACUGCACACAUCAAGGCGUUAUUCAGGCCAGUUGUACAGCCCUGAAGUGAACUUCGUCCUCUGCCUACUUUCUUGUGUUAUCACCUUAAGUUUCAGGACGACUGGUUUCAUUGUCAAAGCUCAUGAAAUUUGUGUGAUCCUUGUGAUGGUUAUCACGACUAUCCUGAUGACCGUGGUGAUGCUUCUCGUAUGGAAAGUGAACAUCUGGUGGAUCGUCGCCUUCUUCGUCGUCUUCAUGUCGACGGAGACCGUCUACCUGUCGGCGGUUCUCUACAAGUUCGCGCACGGGCCGUACAUGCCGCUGGCCAUGUCGGCCGUCCUCAUGGCGAUCAUGGCAACGUGGCACUACGUGCACGUGAAGCGCUACAAGUUCGAGCUGGAGCACACCGUGGCGCCGGGCAAGGCGAAGCAGCUGCUGGAGCGGCGCGACCUGAAGAGGGUCCCCGGCGUGGGGCUCUUCUACACCGAGCUGGUGCAGGGCAUCCCGCCCAUCUUCCCGCACCUCAUCGGGAAGAUCCCCACCGUCCACGCGGUCAUCGUCUUCGUCUCCGUCAAGCACCUCCCCGUCCCCCACGUCGACGUCUCGGAGCGCUUCCUCUUCCGGCAGGUGGAGCCCCGGGAGUGCAUGGUGUUCCGGUGCGUGGCGCGGUACGGGUACCGGGACACGCUGGAGAUGGCCGACGGCUUCGUCGGCACGCUCGUCGAGUACCUCCAGUACUACGUCCGCGACCUGAACCUGUACAGCACGGCGGCGCCGGAGGCACUACCCAGGAUGGGGAGCUGCCCGAGCGUCCGAGCCGAGAGCUUCUCCUCCUGGGACAGGCGACCCUCCGGCCAUGGCAUCUAUGCAGAGGAGAUGCUCACGCCGAUCCAAUCCUUUUCUGAGCUCACCAUGCAUCCCGUUGGUAUGAGCAGCCGGUUGCCACAGUUCCAGACAACAAAGAUGAGCCUCCAAGAGAUGCUGAAGAUCGAGGAAGACCAAAAGUUGAUCCAACGCGAAGUGGAUAAUGGCGUGGUUUACAUUCUCGGGGAGACUGAAGUGGUAGCGAAACCACAUUCCAACCUCCUUAAGAAGGUGGUUGUGAACUACAUAUUCAACUUUUUGAGGAAAAACUCUCGAAAAGGAGAGAAGAUGUUGUCGAUUCCACGUCGAAAGUUGCUCAAGGUUGGCAUCACAUAUGAAAUCUAGGCAUGCCAACACAUUCAGUACGAUGGUGGCUUUAAUUUUGUACACACAAAAUGGUGUGGAUUUGUCAAACAAGCAUACAUCAUGUAUGCAGGGUUUUGGCGUACAUGCAAAUGUACCUCAUGGAUUGUGUGUGCUUGUGUGACUCACACGACAGAAAAAUAAAUGAAUUACAUGCACAUACUCUAAAGAAAGAAAAAAAUGUCAUUGACAAAUGUGCCAAUGGGAUAUAAAGAUACAACGAUGCAUGUGCAUCUACUUUUCAAGCUUUUUUAGGAUUGUUCCAUUUCGGGUUACUUUUUGAAUUACUUUUCUGUGACUACUACCACAAAAUGAGUUGUGCCCUCAGUCAAGGAAGAAUUGGACUAUACUAGAUUAUGUUUUAUUUGUUGAAAAUUCAAUAAUUGGACUGUACUAUAGUU